AUGAAUAUGGAGUACGUUGGAUUUCUGUCGGACCGAGCGUGUGAGGCGUGCUUUGAGUCUGCUAACAACCAGCUUCUAAGAGCGGGGUUCCAGAUCGUAAUGGAGGGCUCUCAAGCAGCUGGCCUAAAAUUGCUGGAGUUCCAUGACCUGCCGAAGCAUAGUCCAAAUCAGCAGAGAGUCAAUCCUCGAACGGAUGCUAUUCACUUCAAGAUGAGUAGCUGUCGCCAGGGACCAGAUCCCAAUGGAUAUUAUAACCUCGGCUCUUACCACCGCCCAGUGACGACCUCCAGCCCUGACGCCCAGACCUGGUUCGAUCGCGGUCUCAUCUGGAGCUACGCAUUCAAUCACGAAGAGGCUGCCAGAUGCUUUGACCAAGCUAUUGCGGCUGAUCCUGGCUGCGCAAUGGCAUACUGGGGUCUCGCAUAUUCUCUUGGCCCUAACUACAACAAACCAUGGGAGUUCUUCGAAGGUCGGGAGCUCGACACAACCGUGGCUCGAACACAUCGUGCAACCGCACAGGCUAAAGCCAAUGCCUCCAGUGCAUCAGCUGUGGAGCGGGCACUCGUUGACGCACUUCGGUUUCGAUACCAGCAGGACCACGCAGCCGAGGAUUGCUCAGUGUGGAACCGGGAUUAUGCCGAUGCGAUGAGAAAGGUGUACAAGGAGUUCCCGGAUGACCUCGACGUCGCGACUCUCUACGCAGAUGCGCUUAUGAAUUUGACGCCGUGGCAGCUAUGGGAUCUGUCUACUGGCGAACCUGCUCCGGAUGCGCGGACUAUGGAGGUGAAGCAAGCCCUUGAGCAGGCUUUAGCUCAGGAUGGAGGCCUGGCACACCCGGGCCUCUUGCACAUGUAUAUCCACCUUAUGGAGAUGUCCAAUACACCCGAGAUAGCUCUGCCUGUGGCUGAUCACUUGCGUGGACUUGUCCCGGACGCCGGUCACCUUCACCACAUGCCCACCCAUCUCGACAUGCUCUGUGGCGACUACGCGCGUGCCAUAAGCUCAAACUCAGACGCAGUUCGUGCGGAUGAGAAAUUUUUAGCACGAGCUGGCCCAUUGAACUUUUACUCACUCUAUAGGUCGCACGACUACCAUUUUCUUAUCUACGCUGCAAUGUUCGCAGGACAGUCCGAAGUUGCCCUUGGCACCGUCGCACAACUGGAAGCCUCCCUCCCGGAGGAGUUACUCCGUGUCGAGUCCCCGCCUAUGGCUGACUGGUUGGAAAGUUUCUUGAGCGUACGUGUGCAUGUUCUCAUCCGUUUCGGGCGGUGGCAGGAUAUUCUUGAUCUACCACUUCCAGCAAACCAAGAACUCUACUGCUUCACUACCGCGAUGGCGCACUAUGCAAAAGGCGUGGCACUGGCUGCGACUGCGAAAGUCGAAGACGCGGAAAAGCAACGUACCUUGUUUCGCGACGCAAUGCAGCGGGUCCCCGCCUCUCGCACGCUGUUUAACAACAAGUGUAUCGACAUCCUUGAGGUAGCCGGUGCAAUGUUGGACGGUGAACUCGAGUACCGUCGCGGAAAUAUCGAGAUUGCGUUCGAGCACUUGCGACGCUCUAUUCAUCUGGACGAUGCACUUCCUUACGACGAACCUUGGGGCUGGAUGCAACCAACCCGACAUGCCUAUGGUGCACUUUUGCUCGAGCAGGGCCAUGUCGAACAGGCUGCCGCCGCGUAUCGUGCAGACCUUGGCACUGACAACACCCUCCCACGAGCCCGACAGCAUCCAAAAAACGUAUGGGCUUUACAUGGGUACCACGAAUGCUUGAUGAGGCUUGGGCAUGAGGCCGAAGCCCUAGCGGUCAAGGAAGAGCUGGCCCGAGCGACUGCAACAGCAGAUGUCCCAGUACGGUCGUCUUGUUUUUGCCGCCUAAACACAAUGGAGGGUUGA